CUGGUGACUGUGGCGAAAAGUUUCUGCAAGUGCAAAGCACCAGGGCGGAGGAGGCUGGAAGGAGCCGUCGUCACGUAAGGGCAGCGGGGAAUGAGGAAGUUUUGAUGUUAUAUUGUCUAGUUCUGUGUAGUUAACCCAAAGUAAAUCAGAUUUGCUUAUGAACACUAGGAAGACUGAAUCUAGACAGUGAUUUCAAAAAUUUGGUGAUUUCUCUCUGUCCAGUGUUGUUCCUGGCUCCUUUCCAUGACAGUGAUAUCCAUUUCAUUUUGGGCCUCAAUUUAUAAACAAGAUCUACAAGGUUGAGCAGAUGGCUGAUCUUGAUCAGGAAAAGAUCGUAAAAUGCGCCCAGUGCUCAGGACCAGUUCAAUCCAGCAAUGUUAUAUCCUUUUGCCUCCAUUGCCAAAACAACUCCAUGUGCACUAGAGAAGUUAUACCAGAGGUACUGACUUCUUCCGCUUCAGUGAACAAGUGUUCAGAAUCUCAAGAUAUGCUUGUUUCUUUAACUCCCCAAGGAGCAUAUCUUACAAAAGAGGCAUCAAAAUCAUCUCUAACAGACUUUCACAGACCAACAUUCUUUGCCUCGAGCAUUCGUAGCAGUAUUACAGAAUGCAAAGUUCCUCACACACGAAUAGAUGAUGGUGCAGCAAUUCAGCAAAUUUAUUCUUUUGGAAGAAAACUAGGACAAGGCAGCUUCGGGGUGGUGAUUGAAGUAACACACAAAGAAACAGGUGUAAAUUGGGCAAUCAAGAAAGUAAACCGGGAAAAGGCUGGAAGUUCUGCUGUAAAAUUACUUGAACGGGAAGUAAACAUCCUGAAAAGAGUGAACCAUGAGCAUAUAAUACAUCUUGAAGAGGUGUUUGAGACACCUAAGCGCAUGUACCUUGUAAUGGAGCUGUGUGAGGAUGGAGAACUUAAAGAGAUUCUUCACAGGAAAGGUCAUUUCUCAGAGAAUGAAACAAGGCACAUAAUUCAGAGUCUUGCAUCAGCAAUAGCAUAUCUUCACAAAAAGGAUAUUGUUCAUAGAGAUCUGAAAUUGGAAAACAUUUUAGUUAAAAGCAGUGACUUUGAUGAAGAAAAUGAGAUGAAAUUGAAUAUAAAGGUCACUGAUUUUGGUUUAGCUGUACAAAAAGUGGGAGGAAGUGAAAGUAUGUUUCAGUCUACCUGUGGGACUCCUAUCUACAUGGCUCCAGAAGUUAUCAGUGCACAUGACUAUAGCCAACAGUGUGAUGUUUGGAGCAUUGGUGUCAUUAUGUAUAUGCUGUUGUGUGGUGAACCACCUUUUCUAGCAGGCUCAGAAGAAAAACUUUUUGAAAUUAUAAGGAAAGGAGAUCUUCACUAUGAACAUUCAAUCUGGAAAUCAGUCAGUGAGGUUGCCAAACAUGUGUUGCAGCUGCUUCUGAAAGUAGAUCCUGCCCACAGAAUCACUGCUAAUGAACUCCUUGAUAACCAAUGGAUAACAGGUGAAACAAAUGUCCAGAGACCUUGUAAUGUUCUUGAACUGAUGAAGAAGUGGAAUAAUAGCAGCACUGAAACUGGAGAAGUAUGCUUGAUUGUAGAUGACCUGAAUGAUGCAUCAGGCAGUGCUCAACAGGAAGAUAACCGUGAAAGCCAAACGAGUCCUAUUAGCAGCAAUGGCAACUCAGAGGUUGGGGCAGAAACAGAGACAGAGAGUGGGAGCAGCAAACCUUCCACACCAACAAAACAGGUUAACAAGAAAAAAAGUCAUACUAAUGCUUUACCAAAUGGAACACUCAAGAAGAAGAGUUCAUCUCUCAAGGCAUGUUCCAGUAUUAGUGGAACUGGAUCAGUGUCUCCUGGUGUGAAUGCAAAACGGAGCCAGGAAUGUCAAGAGAAGAAACUGGAAAUAGAAAAAGGUUCUUUUUCUGCAUGUCAAGGACUGUUAAACAAAACUACACAAAAAUCAGCUACCAAUAGUGGCCUACUCAAAACCAAAAAGAAAUCCUAGGGAAGAUUCAUCUGCUCAAAGUACACUUCUUAUAAAGCACCUAUUCCUAGUGCCAAAAUGUGGCAACUGUAUCAAAAGGACCAGUGUGCCUUGAACUCUGAAGCUGUUUCUGUUGUUCUGAAACCAUAACCAUCAACAGUGCUCUAGCUUCAUGGUAGUGCUGAUAAAAGUUCUAAAUGCAGUGUGAAUUCCUAACCUGUAUGAGGGCAUCCACUGAAUACUGCUUUCCCAGCCCAGAACUGUCUAAAAUGCCUUAAAAAAAUUUUUUUUGUAGAGUAGCAGGUAUCAUUCACAUGGGCAACUCACUUCUCUGAAUGCACUUGCUGUGUUUAAGAUUGUCACAAAGAUUUCUGAAGAGGAAAAAAUGAGAAGCCAAAAUAUGUAAUGACUGUGAGUUAUUUUUAUAACUCUGUGCAUUUUGCACUUGUAAGUAUUUGCUAGGAUCUUGUUUUUAAACUUGCUGUAGGCAUUAUAACUCAUGUACCAAGGUCAAUGAAACUUUUGAAGUAUUAAUUUUUAUAAGGCUGGAUUAGGCUGCUAAAGUAAAGUUAUGCAAAAUUUUCCUUUAAAACAUAAUGCCUAUAUUAUCAUCUUUAUUUCAAUACAGUUUGCUUGAAAACAGA